CCUGGACAUUCACGUCAGACUGGUCUCACUUCACAGUCAACAUGGAGGACAGAGAAAAUUCAGGUGGCACUUCUGACGGUCCAUACAGAAAACUGACUUAUUCAGAGGACUUUGGCGGAGAUGAGCGCACUCUUUUCUCAAACCUAGAAAAGCACCAAGUGUCCAUGUCCAUGGUGAGACCCGAUUUCAGUUUGAAUCAUUACAGACUGCUCACAGUGAGCCUGGCAGUGCUCGCUGUCAUUCUACUUGUGGUUGACAUCGGCCUGGGAGUCUACUAUAACAAACUUACUGGUGGGCAAUCUGCAGUAAUGGACAUCAGCAGAGAGGUGGCCAAAUUGCAGGCUGCGUACAACACUGCAAUUCAAAGCAGGGAUGAUGCCAAGAAAGAGUUGGCAAGAGAGAUCAGUGAGCAGCAAAUUACUAAGUGGGAGUUUGAACAUGAGCAUAAAAGAAGCAAAACCUACGAAAAGCAGGCUGACAAACUUCAAAUGGACAUUGCAGCGUUGAAAUCCCACAUGCCAAUGCUUAAGCAGGGCUGCAGACACUGCCUACCAGGAUGGACUUUCAUGAAUUCACUGUGUUACUACUUCCCUUUCUCUGAGGACAUUUCACGCAGACCAUGGCAGGAAGCCAGAAAUUUUUGCACAAAACAAGGAGGCAACUUGGCAGUGAUAGACAGCAGAGAAAAACAUCUGGCAGUUACCAACUUGAUAAAUAAUUAUCACGAUGCUACAAGACCCAUAAGCCAGACUGGUUUCUGGAUCGGACUGAGAGAUGUGCAGGAGGAAGGGAAUUGGAGAUGGCUGGAUGGAACAAGACUGGCUCAGGGAUACUGGAAUGAUGGAGAGCCCAACAACCAGGGUAAUGAGGACUGUGCAGCAGCAUAUCCCAGAAGCAACCCCUUUAAGUCCUGGAAUGAUGCUCCAUGCAAUUAUGACCUGAAAUGGAUUUGCGAAAUGACACCAAGAUCUGCAGGUUAAUGUGAUUUUUUUUUUUUUUUAAAUCACAUUAAAUUUUCAGUUAAUUUUUUGAAUGCAGAAUUAACUCCACCUUAGAGACUUUUACACAUCUUCUGAAUCUUUUUAUUGUCAUGUCAACAUUUGUUGAGACUACAAAAUGGCAGGGAAGGUCCAAGUACAAAAAAUACAUCUGAUUUCUGAAAUGAACUAUAAAAUGUAAGUUAACAAUUUAACUGUCAUAAAUAGUUUUUUUUAAACUUUACUAUGUACAUAUGGAUUAUUACUAUACAGUCCUGUACACUAGGUUAACAGUUUAUCAAGAAAACACCCACCUUCACAUAAGCUGCACGUACCUACAAGUCACAUGUUGCGUGACAAAGCAGCAUUUAGAGCGUCACCUAGGGCUGAGUUGUUAAAUGAAGCUUGCAAAUGACACAAAUAUUUGUCAUCACACAGACUUUAAAAACCUGCUGGCGAUAGGCAGUUUGGUUCUGGCAAUUCCCAAACAGCUGUUUUGUUGGUCUUUUCACACCCUGCUGUUGCAAGGAUUUACUAAGAAUGAUGUGAAAACCUAAGAACUACCAGUGACCACAGAUUCUGCAAGUAAAAAGCUUGUGGAUCAAAGGGCUCGUAGGAAAAUGGUCAGAAAAGUGCAAAUGAAUAGACAUACUAUAAUGAGGCCAGUCACAUCCAUAUCAUUUAACGCUGGUGUGCAGAAUUUUAUAUCCUCCUGAGACCCUGUGUCCUCAUUUGAGGAUGUCACAUUUUGGAUUUACUCGACCUUAUACUUUAUUCUACUUAACUUGGACCCGUUGUCCUCGUUCGCUGACAAUUUUUGUGUCAUCUAGUGGCAGUAAGAGCACAAUACACUAAUCCAUGUGCAAACAAGAUAGCAGCCAUCUCUGCCAAGUCAGUCUGCAGCCAAUCCCGACACAAAAGUGGACAAGAUCCAAAACCUGAUCACACUGUAUGGUUGAAACUUGUUUAAUUAUUAUUAAUAAUGUGUGUAGUUUGACAUGGCAACAAAUUUGACCAAUUUUAGUGACAUUAACAAGCUAAAAGGCUGUUAAUUAGGAAGUACUUGUUUGAAGACAUUAGGAUUUAAUUAUCAUUGACAGUGUUUAGUUUUUUAUACUAAUUAGGUCCUACUGAUCCUAAAUAGUUAGGAGAAAUUAAAAAUGCAUACCAAACAAAAGUUUGGGUCUCAGGAGGAUAUGAAAAUGCAACACAGAGAGCUACCUACAAUAGAAUUCAACAACACUAGUGUACCUGAUAAACUGUCAAUCUAGUGACUACACACCAUUUGAUAAAUAAACAUCAACCAAACCCUA